CUUUGCAACACUGUAGAACUCAUGCAAUUUGACACCACUUUUUACUCAUAGGAGCUGUGGUUUUAGUGAGGCAUCGGCAUUCUUUGACAGAAGAAGCACAAUGGCCAGCAGGAAGAAGGAAUUAGCUUUGCAGAUGCUUAUAAGCAAUCAGGAACUUUGGGAAGAAAUGCUGAGUUCCAAAGGACUGAUAGUGGUAGAUGUUUACCAAGCCUGGUGUGGACCAUGUAAAACAGUCGUAAGCCUCUUCCGGAAAAUAAGAAACGAACUUGGUGAUGACCUCCUGCAUUUUGCUGUGGCUGAAGUGGAUUCAAUUGAUGCCCUAGAGAAAUACCGUGGUAAAUGUGAGCCUACAUUUCUCUUUUAUGCUGGAGGUGAGUUAGUAGCAGUGGUAAGGGGAGCUAAUGCACCAUUGUUACAGAAAACCAUUGUGGAGCAGCUGCAAGCAGAAAGAAAGGUCUUGGAGCAUGGAGCAGACAGAGUGGUGAUUCAAGACGAAGGCCUUCCUAAAGGAGAAGAAAGCGCUACUGUUGAAGAAGAGGAAGAGGAGGAGGAAGAAGAUGGUGAGGAAGAUGAGACAGAGUAAUCACUUUCUGGGACUGGCUUUCCAGCUGCCUUUUGGAGAUGAUGAGGAAUAUGACAGAAUAGUACAAAGAAGAAGUUUCUAUAACAUGUUCCUCAUAGCUAACACUGUACCACAAGGAACAGAAGUUUUCAUAAAGAAUCAAAGUUAAAGAGUAGGAAGAAACCACCAGGGCUAUUCAAUGCAAUCCCCAGCCAUGCCAGAACACAAUCUACCCUGUUUCCCUGAAAAUAAGUCAUCCCCGAAAAAUAAGACCUAGUAUAGGUUUUGCUGAAUUGCUAAAUAUAAGGCCUCCCCCGAAAGUAAGACAUAGCAAAGUUUGUGUUUGGAAGCACGCCCACCAAACAUAAUACCAGAGCAUGCAGGAUCAAUAAAUGUAUGUACCAUAGAUUGUUGUCCAUGGAAAUAAUGGUAGUAACAAGACAUUCUUGAUAGGAUUCAGUUUGUCUGGUUAUGCUGGUUUGUGAUGACAACUACUGUACAGUAUAUAAUAAAUGUUCAUUUUUUGUUCAAUAAUAAA